AUGAGAGGUGAAUUUAAUGGUUUGCAAAGAAAGAUUCUAGAUGAAAACCCUUAUGCUUUCUAUGUCAAAUGUUAUGAUCAUCGUUUGCAAUUGGUUGUUGUGUCUGUUGCUAGUAGUUGCUCAUCUAUUCAUGAUUUAUUUGAGUACAUCUCCUUGAUUGUGACCACAACAAGUGCAUCUUGUAAGAGGAGAGAUGCUUUGACGGAGGCACAACACCAAGAUAUUUUAAAUAAGCUUGAGAGUGGUGAGAUAUCUAUAGGAAGGGGAUUGCACCAAUCAUAUAGUCUCACUAAACCAGGGGAUACUAGAUGGGGUUCACAUAAUACUACAUUGAUUCGUUUGGAUCAAAUGUGGUCCUUCAUGUUAAAGGUGCUUAUUAUGGUUGAUGAAUAUGGACGUGGACCAUCUCAAGCAGCGGGUUUGAUAGAAAAAAUGGAGAGCUUUAAAUUUGCAUUUAUUUUGAAGUUAAUGUUAAAUUUGUUUGGUAUCACAAACGAGCUUUCAAAUGUCUUGCAAAGAAAAGAUCUUAAUAUUGUGAUUGCCAUGGAAUUAGUUGAUGAUGUCAAAGCUCGGCUAGCCAAAAUGAGAGAGCGGUUAGGAUAG